AUGAAAGUGAUAAGAACAUCCCUUGUCUGUUUAUCAAUACAAAUUAUAAGAAAACUGGUAUUUAUAAAUAAUAAUCAGGAGAAUGGUAUAAUAAAAUUCAGAGAGUUAAACUGCUUAAAGUUUAGUUUCCACACACACACUUUAAUUUCCAUUGUAAUAAUAUUAUUUUGGACAACUUCAACUUUCAGAUGGGCAUACCUGGAGCUCCACACAAAUGGAGACUCCCCUGAUGAACAACAAGCAUAUGCGGCUGGUUAUCUUGAAGGUUUCCUCACGAGGGAUCUUAUUUGGAUGCACUGGCAGAAUGUGCUAAAAGGAUAUUGUUAUAACAAAACUGAUGUGUGUGGGCUCAUAGAAGCAUUUGUGGACAAGAAUGAGCAUUACAUCUAUUCUAUGGUCAACAAAUACCCUGAGGAUCCUUAUUGGUAUCAGAUUAAGUUGUACUAUAUACAACUGGAAGGAUUGGCCAUCGGAUAUAAUGAGGCCACUAGCGACCCAUAUGAACUUCUCACCGUCCGAGAUAUCAUCUGGAUCAACAUGCUGGGGGACCUGGACGAGCUGGCGUUCGCGCUGUCGAUGCCGCCAGAGGACGACGAGGCGCUGCUGUUCGCGGACCACUGCUCGGGGUUGGUCAAGCUGCUGCCCGACCUCAGCGACCUCUACACCUCGCAGGUCACCUGGAACAGUUACCAGUCGAUGCUGCGCUUCCAGAAGAUGUACGUGCUGAAGUAUCACAUGACGCCGACCAGUAAGGACGUGAUCCCCGGAUACAAGAUGUCAAUGUCAUCGUACCCGGCGUUCGUGCAGUCCACAGACGACUUCUACAUAAUAUCGUCGGGUCUGGUGGCCGCCGAGACCACCAUCGGCAACAGCAACCGCACGCUGUUCCAGUACGUGCGCCCCGUCGGACAGAUAAUGGAGUACGCACGCGCCAUGGUCGCCAACCGCCUGGCGCGCGACGGCCGCGAGUGGGUGCACAUAUUCCGCAAGCACAACAGCGGCACCUACAACAACCAGUGGUACAUAGUGGAUUACAACAAGUUCGAGCCGCGGGUCGCCGUGAGGGCGGGCCUGCUGUGGGUGCUGGAGCAGCUGCCCGGCUACACGGAGGCGGCGGACCUCACGGGCGAGGUGUUGCGCGCGCGCUACUUCCCGUCGUACAACAUCGCGUACUUCCCGCGCGUGUUCGGCCGCGGCGGGGGGCCCGCCCGCGUGCGCGCGCACGGCGCCUGGUUCGGGUACCGCACCAACCCGCGCGCCAACAUCUUCCGCCAGAAGCAGGAGGGCAUUCGCAAUCUCCGUGACAUGUACGAAGUGAUGCGCUACAACGACUUCAAGCACGAUCCCCUGUCGCGCUGCGCCGCGUGCCGGCCGCCGUACAGCGCCUGCAACGCCAUCGCCGCCAGGAACGACCUCAACCCCGCCAACGGCUCGUACCCGUUCCGCGCGCUGGGGCACCGCAGCCACGGCGCCACCGACGCGAAGGUGACGAGCGCGCGGCUGCGGCGCACCUUCCAGUUCGUCGCCGUCGCCGGCCCCACGCACAACAUCUCGCGCGGCAUACCGCCCUUCGCUUGGAGCGAGUUCGACAUGGGCCCGCAGUUGAACCACAUAGGCCACCCCGACCGCUGGAUGUUCCCGCCGGUCCUGCACCGCUGGGAGUGGGUCUAG